GCGCUCCUGUCCCCGCCCCGCCGUCGCCGGCCGCUCCACUCCCACUUCCUGCGCCCGGCGCUGGAGCCCUGCAGGCCAGGCCCGGCCCUGGGCCCCCGGGGCACGUCGGCCGCGCGUCCCGCCGCAGCCCCUGCGCUCCGGGGGCCACUGUCAGCCCUGCCCCGCCGGGCCGGACCCGUCCCGCGUCCUCCCGGCCGUGCGCCCCCCGGCUCGACGGGCCCACCAUGCGCCUGCCCCGGGCCGCCUCCUCCCCCGGCGGCCUGGCCUGGGGACCCUUCAUCCUGGCCCUGUGCCGCUUCCUGGCCGCCUCCCCCGUUGCACCGGUGUUCCCGUACCCCACGGGGAACCGAACCUGCCAGGACGCGCAGAAGGAGUAUUACCAGUCCAGGCACGGCUUGUGCUGUUCCCGCUGCCCCCCAGGCAAGUACGUCGUAGCCGAGUGUGACAGCAGCCAGGACACCACCUGUGCCACGUGCCCCGAAAACUCCUACAACGAGUACUGGAACCACCGCCUCAACUGUCAGAUGUGCCGGUCCUGUGAUGACGUGUUGGGCUUCCAGCUGCUCUCCCCCUGCACCAGCCAGAGGCAGACCCAGUGCGGCUGCAAGCCCGGGAUGGCGUGUGCCACACACAGCGCCAACGAGUGCCCCCACUGCGAGCCGCUGCCCAGCUGUCGGCCUGGCACGGAAGCCAAGCUAGAAGGCGAAGUGACGAACAUUCACAGCUACUGCGUGGCCUGCAAGGAGGGACACUUCCAGAACACCACCUCCCCCACAGCUCGCUGCAGCCCCCACACCCGAUGUGAAGCCCUCGGCCUGGUGGAGGCCGCCCCGGGCACCGCCCAGUCCGACACUAGCUGUAGAAGCCCAACAGAGCCCCCCGAGAUCUCAGAGUCCUCCACAAAGACACCGGUCCCCAAAGGGCCAGAAGACACGCUGCUGCUGGCCAUCCUGCUGCCCCUGGUCUUCCUUCCCCUGCUGACCAUUGUCCUGGCCUGGAAGAGCCACCCCUCGCUCUGCAGGAAGCUCGGCUCCCUGCUCAAGAGGCGCCCAGAGGGAGAAUCUGGUGCUGUGAAUGGGAGCUGGCAGCCUCCAGGGGUGAACCCACAUUUCCCUGACCUGGUAAAGCCACUUCUGCCCUUCUCUGGAGACUUGGCACCUGCGCCCGCCCCCGUUGGGCCCCCCAUCGAGGCCCCCCCUAUCCCAGUUGUGGAGAAUGAAAUGCCACAACAGCGGAGCCCUGUGGUCCAGGCCAACGAGUUGGAUGCUGAGUCUCCAGACCAAGGUCAAGUGGCCCACGGUACCAACGGCAUCCAUGUCACCGGCGGGUCUGUGACGGUCACUGGCAACAUCUACAUCUACAAUGGGCCGGUCUUGGGGGGCGCACGGGGCCCUGGAGACCCCCCCGCUUCUCCAGAGCCUCCAUACCCCAUCCCGGAGGAGGGGGCCCCUGGACCCCCGGGCCUUUCGACUCCCUACCAGGAAGAUGGCAAAGCCUGUCACCUGGCUGAAACAGAGACUCUAGGGUGCCACGCCCUCUAAGGACCCAAUCUGUCACCCACGUCUGGUGGCAUCUGGGAAAAGCCAGAAUGAAGGGGGGCGUGGGGUGUUCCUGGGCACCCUCUCUCCCGACCAGCCCAACCUGCACGGGACUGAGGUCCACUGGGGCACCCCAGGGGCCAAUCCUGCUCAGAGGGCCGGGGCCUCACCCCCAGGUGAGAGUGGGGCCUGCAGACCGUGGCCGGAGCCAGCUGAGACUGUGCACAGCCCCUCUCUGCCCGCGUGGGGCGCUGUGCCAGCUACACUUCAGGCGCCCACCGGCAAUAGGACACUACUGCCACCCACCCACCCUCGGCACUCUGCACCCCGAGCAUGCCACAGGAGGGAGCCCGCUGCCCGGCCACUCGCUAGGACGUUCCUGGGACCUCCAGCGGAUUCGUGGUGCUCAUGCCCAAGCUUCUGAGAACCUCCGAGCGCCCACUCUUGCCCUGGACUGAGGUAGACCCCAAAGGUUGAUGGGAGACGCCCCCCACCCUCUCACAAAGCAAAGGGAGUCACAAGCUGUGGGGCGCUGGGGAGGUGGGGGUGUGUAUGUAGGUAUAAGGGACAGUGCUGGAGCUGGAGGAAGAAGCAGGUGUAUUUACAAAGUGUAACCACAUGCAAAUAAAGAG